AUGUCGUCUUACCCUCAUCCUUUUUUCAACCUCCUAAGCUGUGCCUUGGCUCCGCAAGAGCCAGUUUAUUACCAGCAGGCGUCGGUGGGUCAGGCCGAUGCCAAAGAGGAAGAGCCAGUGCUGCAGGAGCCGACAGGUCAAGACUCCGACCUGCGUGAGUACCUGCCUGGUGCUCGUGAGUACAUCAUCCAGCUCCCCUCACACAUAGCCUUCUAUGAGAACCAGCAACAGGAUCAGAAAGAGCCGGAAGCUGCUCACCCCGCUGUUCCAUCCCAGGAACAGUCGUUGGAGGAGCUCGCAUACUCCGGGUUGCAGUAUCUGGAGCAGACGUGGUCGGGAGCAGGCACACACCAGGACAUGAUCCCACCCCAGGAUCAGCAAUGGGCGAUGGCUGCAGGGCGCACCCCUUUGGGUCGAUUCCUGCGCUCCGGUCGAUACCACUACGUGCGCGACAGCAUGGAUAGAUAUAUCUGCACUUUUCAGGGGGCCGAUAGGCAACCCUGUCAAGCUGUUUACAACAGUCUGAAUGGGAUUCAUAAGCAUCAUCAUCGGGCCCACGAGCCGAAGAAGCUCUACCAGUGUCGGAUCUGCGUGCAGAAUCUGUUCUUCUCUACCCGCGGACAGUAUAUCCGGCAUAUGCAGCGCGUUCAUCCGGAGUAG